AUGUCGAACGAAGAAGAUUAUACUCAUAAUAUUGAUGAUCAAUUAUUAAGAGCUGUUAAACAAGAAGUUAAUGUUAAUCAACAGCAUAAUAAUAAUUAUAAUAUAAAUCAAUCAUUACCUUAUCAAUAUCAACAAAAUAACAAUUUGAAUAAUCAAAAUUUAAAUAUCAAUAAUCAAAAUAAUUUAAACCAUUUAAGUAAUAAUUUUGAUGAAAAUGAAUAUAAUAUUCAAAUUCCUGAACCAAUUAUCAAUUCUAAAUCAAAAAUUUAUCCUGUUGAAGAAAACACCAUUACAGCUGAAGGAAAUUUGAUUACAAGACCAUAUCCUGAACAAACAUUUCAUGAUCGUAAAGAUUUAAAUGAUUUUAUUGCUGAAUUUGCAAGAGAUAAUGGAUUUGGAGUUGUUAUUGCUCAUUCAAAUAAAAAAGCUAUUUAUUAUACAUGUGAAUUAGGUGGUAAAUAUAGAGAUAAAAAGAAUAAAAAAAAAUUAGAGGAUAAUGGUAAUAAUGGUACUAAUGAUGAUUAUUUAUUAGAUCCAAAUACUAAAACAAAGAAGUUGAAAUGUCCAUUCGCAAUGACUGCAAGUUUUAGAAAGAAUAAUCAAACUUGGUUAUUAAAAACUACUUGUAAUGAACAUAAUCAUCCUCAAUUAGAUCCUUUAUCAAAUCAUCCAAUGUUAAGAAAAAGAUCAACUGAAUUGAAUUUAUUAAUUGUUGAUUUAUAUAAAGUUGGUACUAAACCAAGUCAUAUCGAAUCAAAAAUCAGAGAACAAUAUCCUGAUAUUUUAAUUAAAAGAGAAGAUAUUUAUAACGAAAUUAGAGGUUAUAAAAGAAAAUUAAAAAGAGAAAAUGGUUUCAUCAAUCAAAAUAAUGAUGAUAGGUUCCGUAAAAGAAAUAAUGCAUCAUCAUUGCAUCAAGUUGGUUUAGAUGAUGAUGAUGACAUCAAUUCUAAUUAUGAAGAAGCUGAAAGAAUUAUUCACCAACAUCAAAAUCAACAAAAUCAACAACAUCAUCAUCUUCAACAACAACAUAACCAUAACCAACAUCAUAAUCAACAUCAUCAACUGCAACAUAAUCACAACCAUCAACAACAAUUACAACAUAACUUACCUCAAUCAUUACCCCAUUUACAACAAAUUCCUCAUUUAAAUAAUCAAUUACCAAUUAUAAAUCCUAUCAAUAAUUUACCUCAACAACCUCAAAUGGGUAUGAAUAUGGGUUUAAAUGUUCAAAAUAAUAAUUUAAUGAGUAUUAAUGAUUAUAAUGGAGAUGGUGAGUUAAGUAAUGAUCAAAUCACCAUGGAUAACAUCGACAGUAGAUUAGUAGGUGAAUAA